UCAGAGAUCCAUGAACGUAACGUAACGGUUAUUUUUUCGUAACCGUUAUUUUUACCGGUUAUCGGUAAUACCGCUCAUCUCUACAGAUCAACGAUUUAGUCAGUCGGCAAACGAGACUCGUACCUACCACUCGAUUUUCCAUCGCUUAACAGACGGAGGUACUCUUAGUUCAGAAAUACAAAUCGAUAGCCAGUGAGAUUUACUUAUCCAUUUAUACUCUUUGUUGUCUAUGGUAGUCUUCAAAAGAGAGGGAAGGUGUAGCUUUAACCUCAAAGUGUAAUUGUUAAUUUGAAAUAAUAACUUGAAUAUGUAUGAAGACCUUUAUGAAGUAGAGCCAAAUCGUAAUGCAGAAGCGUAUCGAAAUUACGUGCCUCAAUAUUUCCCUGCACAAGUAGAAAAAUAUAUCGAAUUUAUUGAAUUUUCUGAAGAUGGUUAUAUGUUACUGGGAAGCUCCAACAUGACGGGGCGGUACUGGGUCGGUUCCGUGUGGUACUUCACCGACCCAGAGGCUGCCCCAGAUGUCGACAAGUGCCUCACCGGCAGCACCACAGAGACGGGGGUGUGCGACGGCCAGUUCCUGCCCGACAAGCAGAAGGUUCUGGUAGCAGAGGAUUCUGGCACAUUGCAGCUACUGGGACUGUCUGAGGUACCAGACGAGCAGUCUAUCUAUUUUUCCACCAUAGAAUCCAAAUGUGAGCAUGACGACACUGUACUGUCGCUGUCGGUUUUCCCAGGCGAGAUGCGAGCUGUAAGUGGAAGUGCUGAUAUGAACAUCAAGGUGUGGAACGUAGAAAACUUGAAGUGCGUGCAAACCUACCGACCUGCGCACACCCACCAGGUGACGUGUGUUUCAACAUGUCCGGAAAGGAGCAAUGUCUUUGCUUCGUGCUCUCUGGAUGGCACAUUGUGUACUUGGGACACACGCUCUGACUCGACUAGCAAGCCAGCCACUGUGGUGUUGCGAGAGAACUGUUCCUUCGGUUGCGUUGCUUGGCAGCCGUCCACAAGUGAUAUACUCGCCGUGGGCUCCAACUGUGGAACUGUCCGGCUGAUGGACAUUCGCUGUACCAAAGAACCCCUUUGGCAGUUCACUCACUUUGAACGCCCAAUGUAUCGCAUUCGGUUUGCUGAUCACCGACCUAACUGGAUGGCAAUUUGUGCAGAUGAGUCCAAACUGGAAGUUGUCGACUGCUCAACAUUGGAAGUUGUCUACACGGAUGACCGGCAUGAAGACUUCGUACGAGGUUUAGCUUGGAACCCAAAGACAGAGCAUUUGCAUUCUUGUGGCUGGGACAAGCAAGUUUUGGUCCACUCUCCAGUAGUUAAUAUGGAUGUCAAUGGAUCUACUCCGGACUGUAAGAAAGAUAUCUCAAGUACAGAUGUCAUUGAAUCUGAAAGGGCAACAGUAUAAUUUGGAGCAAAUUUUUAAACUUCUUAUUUCAAAGAUUUUUUUUUGUAUUUUUUGAGUAUUAUUAAAACUGUGUUAUUACAGUG